GUUAGCGCAGCGGUUUUAUUUGUCGACGUUGUACCACAAGGAGAGUCAAAUGUUAGAAGUUGUGGUCGACGAUGUUUGUAAAAGCCUUUAUUUAGCUUCUAAAUAAGUUUGUGUGUGCCCAUGACACAACGCAGCUUCGUUUUAUAGUGAGAGGUUUUUGAAAGGAGAUGAAAAUGCUCAAGAGAAAGAAACUAAAAGGGGCGAAUGUACCUGUCACCAGAGAAGUGGACUGUGGGAGGAAGCAGAAGAUGACUGAGAUUCACCAGGCAUUAUACAGCGAUCCAGUGGACAUUGAGACCCUCAGGAGAGCCGCUGCCAGUAAGGGAGGACUGCUUUCAAAUGAACUCCGCAGGAAAGUUUGGCCCAAACUGCUCAACAUCAACGUAUAUGAGCUUCCUUAUAAGCCCGGAAAAGCUGGACGGGAGAACCACAAGGACUACAACCAGGUGGUCCUGGAUGUCAGUAGAUCCACAAAGCGCUUUUCAAAAGGUAUGCCGUCUGCGGAGCGAGCCGUACUACAGGAGCAGCUGGUGGAUAUCAUUUUGGAGGUUCUGAGGUGCAACCCGCAGCUCAGCUACUAUCAGGGCUACCACGACGUAGCUGUCACGUUGCUGCUGGUUGUUGGCGAGCGUAUGGCCAUCGCCAUGCUGCAUAAAUUAUCCAAAUAUCAUCUCAGGGACUUCAUGGAUCAGACAAUGGAUAGCACAAAGCACAUUUUAAACUACCUGAUGCCUAUCUUGGAAGAAGUUGACAAAGAGCUGCAUGACUACAUGAUCAGAGCGGAGGUGGGCACCAUCUUUGCCCUCUCCUGGCUCAUCACGUGGUACGGACACGUCCUGUCUGAGUUCAAACACACUCUGAGACUCUAUGACUUCUUCUUGGCCUCACACCCCAUGAUGCCCAUCUAUCUCGCUGCGACAAUCGUGUUGCACAGAGAGCAGGAAGUGAAGCAGACGGAAUGUGACAUGGCCAUGCUGCACCACCUCCUCUCACGCAUCCCCCAGGACCUCCCGUACGAUCUCCUGAUCAGCCAGUCCCAAGAACUGUUCCGCUGCUACCCUCCUGCCUUGCUGGCUAAGCGGCCUGCGCUACGAUCUCGUAAAAGCUUGUCCAUAAGCACCUUCAAGGACUUUCAGCUUUCGACACUCCACCAAAGACCGGACUCGGUUCUCCAGCGUCUCACCAAGGCUCAGGCCUCUGCCACUUCAAGAAAAGCUCGCCACUCGGGCUUGGACGUGGCUUUAUCCUACGACGGGGUCCAGCGAAGGGGUAAGGGGAGCAGGAUGGUCAAGAUGGCAGUGUGGGGGCUGUCGGCCACACUGGGGGCGGCCAUUUUCGCCGUGGCCCAGACGGCCAUGGAGUGGGCACCUGAUGUGUUGCUGCAGCUCUUCUGAUGGGCUUCGUCUUAGCCUCACUGCAAGGAGUCAAACCUUGUAUCUGAGAAGGACUUAGCUCACUGGGACAAGGUUUAAAGUACUGCCGUUGGCCAUUACUUUGCCCUUUGGUUCUUUGAGUGAUUUAUAUAUACCCUUUUCUGUCUUUUUUAUCUUUUUGUUUUUUGUGCGCUUGUGAGAAUCUUGAAAUAUUUAGCAGAGUUGUGCCCAAACACGAACAUUUACUGUACUUACUCACUAUCCUAGUCUCAGAGAAACAUUAUCAUUUAUUAUCUGUAAUUGUAACAAAAAGAAUUUGACAUUUUUAUUUAUUCCUCAGAAAUAAAGUAGCCUGUCGGAGGACUGUAGAGGACUAUAAUUGUUUUAUAACUGAAAGGGAAAUAUUAAUAAUACGUGUCUGUGUGUGUGAGUUUGUGUGUUAUUGCAAUGUAGCGAUUUUCCCCAGUAAUGUCUGCUCCAUGUACAGACGUCUUUGGCUCUGAAAUAUUCAUCGGCUUUUACCACUACGUACCCGCUGCAUUUGUUUGCGAAGCACAGCCUCGACCUCACUUGGGGUUUGCCCUUUUGGUCAGGCUAAACGUUGCCCAAUAAUGUGUACGACAGUUUUUGUACAGUACUUAUUGAUUUUCAUGCGCCAGGUUUAGUGCCAGUUGGACGCUCCGAUGACUGGCGCUUUAACUGUUACACUUCAAAACAAGUCUAGACGUUGCCAUUUUUGCUCAUGUCCCCCCACCCCCCCACCCCAAAAAAACAAAAAAAAAACAGUGGUACAAACGGCAUGCUUUGAGGCCUGCAGAAAACGUAGAGAGAAAGUUAAGCGACUUGUUGUUUCACUUCAGUCCUUUAUGGCACUAAAUUGCCUUUCAAAUUGUUGCCGACUGUCAAAACAAGUUCAGACAUUUCCAAACUCAGAAUGGUGAACACCUCAAAGAAAGAGAGACGCCUUUCAAAAAGUGAUUGUUGACUCCAGGUUGUUGUUACACUUCAGUCCUGUCGUGAGCAUGCAUUUUCAACUGUAGCCCGUUGUCAAUACAAAUCAAAACCUCACUCCGCACUUCAGGGUGGUAGGUGUUGUGUGUUUUAAGCUUGCUGACUGUCAAAAUGAAUCAAAAGGACAUUUCUGCCUCUGUUCGAUACAUACUGUCGCACUAAAGUCCUGUAAGUGUUGCUCGUGUGCAUUGCGCUGUCGCAACAAAUCGAGACUGCAUUUCUCCCUUCCCGUGCGUCCCGAUUGCCGGCGGUCAGGCAAUAGUCACGACGAUGUGCUUUGACGCGUGCCGACAACUCAAAGAAAGAACUCGGCUACUCAUAGACUUACUUGAGUCCUGCCUUUCAAACUGUUGCUGUCUUUCAAAACAACAUAUCCGGUGUACUCCAGUCUGUCACUCAAUUAGCUUGUUUGUUCGUUGGCCGCCUUUCUACAAUAGAAAGCGAAAUCGAGACUUUUAUUGGUAAUCACUUUAAUUCGGCAACUUCCAGGCCAAUUAACAUUUUUAUCUUUGUGGUGGUGUGCUUCAUGCACAGACAUAUUCUUUUAAUUCCAACAGCGUGGCUUUCUCUUGUAUGAUGCCAUUAUGGCUCACUGGGGUCAGUAAAUGUGAAAAUGUAACAAAAAAAAAAAUCAUGGUUCCCGUAAGGGAUUCCAAAAUUUGGACAAACUUGCCUAAUCGUCAAUGUCCUGUGAAAAACAGAUAUUUGUAUGAAAUGCGGAAAUCAACCAAAAAAAAUAAAGAAUUUUUAAUAACAAAAAUGGACUUGUUUUCACAGGACACUGAUGAUAUGCUAUCAACUGACGUGUGUCCAAAUUUGUGACUAGUAUGGAAUAUUUAUUAUGCCAACAUGCUUUAAACAAGUUUUUUUUUCCAAUGAAGGAAAGCAAGAAAAUGCUAAAUUUAAAUACCGGUAUAUAUUAUUUUAGCACUACCUGACUUUAUCCCACAAAAUGAUGUUAAGUUAUGAUUCUGAAACUGAGCUUGUGCUCUUGUGUAAAGCAGUGAAUAAAUGAUUGAUUGUA